CUGAUUGUCAUCCUGGUGGGGCUGCCCGCCCGCGGCAAGACCUUCCUGUGCAACAAGCUCAUGAAUUACCUCAACUGGCUGGGCCACCCCACCAAGCACAUCAAUGUGGGGCAGUACCGGCGGCGGAGCGCGUGGGUGCAGGACGCCGAGUUCUUCGACAUCCGCAACCCGGUGGGGCAGCGCCUGCGCCACCAGGCCCUGCUGCUGGCGCUGGACGACAUGGAGGCAUGGCUGGAGCAGGGUGGG